GGGUUGGAAGCAGAGUGAAAAUAACAAUGAAAGUGUGACAGUAUCUGCAAGGCCGCUAGGUGGCGCAAUUGUGACGUGUGAAUAGGAAUUACUGCUGUUCUGGCAGGCCAUGAGCAGUGAGGGAGACCUGUCCUGCCAGAACCGAGUGGAUAUUGAUUCUGUAUCAAAGGUCACAUCCAAAAGAGAUUACCUGGUGGAUGCUGCAAAACAGCUUCAUGUGGCUCUGGAGAGAGAUGUUAAUGAGGAAUAUGAAGCAGCCUUCAGUCACUACAAGUACGGGGUGGAACUUCUACUGAGCGGGAUCACAGUUGACCCAAGCAGGGAACGGCGUGAUGCAGUAAAAAGAAAAAUCUCGCAGUACUUGAAACGUGCUGAGGAAAUAUUUAAUUGUCAUCUGCAAAGGCCUCUGGGAAAUGUUAGUGGUGCAGCAGAGGGUUACAGCAGCCUGCGAUUUCGACCAAUCAGAGUGCUGAGCUCAAGCGUAGAAAACCUGAAGCGAUGUCAGGUGCUGGAAAUCAUAGACAAGGUGCAGCUAGUUUGUGAUCCAUCUUCUGGGGCCACAUUUAUUCUUAAGUCUGUCAUGAAGUCCGGACGUUCUGGUCAUGGAGCUGUAACCAUCAUACCUCAGCGUGUCCCCUACAUGGUUCAGUUACUAAAAUUUUAUGUUAGUGAUGAUGCUCUGUAUCUGCAGCUGCAGCACAUUAAAGAGGUUCUGGGAGUUGGUACAGUGAGCGAGGCCUGUGAUUGGUGGAGCCUUGGAGCACUUCUGUAUGAGAUGUUGACCGGUCAGCCUCUCUACAGAAGCCUACUCAAUGGAGCCAGUGCUCACAUGCAGCUCCCUCUUCCAGACUCUCUAAGCAGAGCAGCUGUCUCUUUAUUGACUGAGCUCCUGAAAUAUGACCCAGACAUGCGGCUUGGCUCAGGCACAGGUGGGGUGCAGCUAAUAAAGUCCCAUCCUUUCUUCUACGGUGUUGACUGGAAAAAGCUGGUGUAAAAUGACAAGACCAAUUACAUGGGAUGCAUGCAAGAAAGUGAUGUCAAACCCUGGAUAAUACUCAUACAACACAAAGCUAUAUGACCCAGAAUUACUAUAUUGUCAUGAAAAUGUCACUCAAAGGCCACCUAACAACCAGUGAAAAUUAGCAGACCGUGACCCAUGUUCCACAAAGACCACCUGGGAACCAUAAAAUAUUAGUAGAACACAGAUUAUGUCAUCUAUGUUGCACAGAAACCACCUACCAACCAGUGAAUAUGACCAGACCACAGGUUGUGUCACCCGUGUUUCACAGAGAUCGCCUAACAACCAGUGAAUAUGAUCAGACCACAGGUUCUGUCACACAGAGACCACCUGACAACCCGUGAAUAUGACCACCUGACAAACCGUGAAUAUGACCAGACCAUAGGUUGAGUCACCCGUGUCGAACAGGGACCACCUGGCAACCAGUGAAUAUGAUCAGACCACAGGUUGUGUCACCUGUGUUGCAUAGGGGCCCCCUGACAGUCAGUGAAUAUGACCAGAUCACAAGUUGUGUCACCCACAUCACACAAGGACUACCUGAUAACCAGUGAAUCUGACCAGACCACAGGUAGUGUCACCCAUAUUGCACGGGGACCACCUGAAAGCCAGAGAAUAUUGCCAGACUACAGUUUGUGUCACAUAUUUACUACACAGACCACCUGACAACAAGUAAACAUUACCAGUCCAAAUGUUGUAUCACCCAUGUCACACAGUGACCAUCUGACAACCAGUGAAUAUGACCAGAUAACAGGUUGUAUCACCCAUGUCACACAGAGACCAUCUGACAACCAGUGAAUAUGACCAGACAACAGGCUGUAUCACCUAUGCCACACAGAGACCAUCGGACAACCAGUGAAUAUGACCAGACAACAGACUGUAUCACCCAUGUCACACAGAGACCAUCUGACAACCAGGGAAUUUAAACAGGUAACAGGUUGUAUCAUCUAUGUUACACAGAGACCAUCUGACAACCAGUGAAUAUGACCAGACAACAGGCUGUAUCACCCAUGUCACACAGAGACCAUCUGACAACCAGUGAAUAUAACUAGACAACAGGUUGUUUCACUUGUGUCCCACACAUACCCCUUGACAACCAGUAAACAUAAACAGACCGAAGGUUGUGUCACCCAUGUCACACAGAGAUCACCUGUCAACCAGUUAACAUUAUGAGACCACAGUUUCUGUCACCCAUGUAACACAGAGAUCACCUGAUUACCAGUGAGUAAGACCAAACCACAGAUUGUGUCAUCCGUGUUGAACGAGGACCACCUGACAACCAGUGAAUAUGACCAGACUACAGGUUGUGUCACUCGUGUUGAACAGGGACCACCUGACAACCAGUGAAUAUGACCAGACCACAGGUUCUGUCAUCUGUGUCACACAGAGACCACCUAACAACCAGUAAACAUUACAAGACCACAGGUUGUGUCACCCAUGUCACACAGACAUCAACUGAAAACCAGUGAAUAUGACCAGACGACACAUUCCCGUGUUGCACAGGGACCAACAGACAACCAGUGAAUAUUAUCAGACCACAGGUUCUGUCACUUAUGUCCUACAAAGACAACCAGUAAACAUUACCAGACCACAGGUUGUGUCAUCCAUGUCACACAGAGACCAUCUGACAACCAGUGAAUAUAACUAGACCACAGGUUGUUUAAUUUGUGUCCCAAACAGACAACUUGACAACCAGUUAACAUUAGGAGAUAACAGGUUGUGUCAUCCAUGUCACACAGAGAUCACAUGACAACCAGUGAUCAUUACCAGACCCCAGGUAGUGUCACCCAUGUCACACAGAGAUCACAUGACAACCAGUGAUCAUUACCAGACCACAGGUUAUGUCACCCAUCUCACACAGAGAGCACCUGGCAAUCACUAAACUUUACCAGACCACUGGUUAGGUCACCCAUGUCCCACAGAGACCUCCUUACAACCAGGAAACAUUACCAGACCACAGGUUGUGUCACACAAAGAUCACCUGAAAGCCUGUGAUCAUUACCAGACCACAGAAUAUGUCACCCGUGUCACACAGAGAUCACCUGACAACUAGUGACCAUUGCCAGACCACAGGUUGUGUCACCCAUGUCACACAGAGACCACCUGACAACCACUGAACAUUACCAGACCACAGGUUGUGUCACCCAUGUCACACAGACAUCACCCGACAACCAGUAAACAUUAGGAGACCACAGGUUGUGCCAUCCAUGCCACACAGAGAUUACCUGAAGAUCAUUGAACAGUACCAGGCCACAGGUUGUGUCACCCAUGUCACACAGAGACCACCUGAAAACCAUUGAACAUUACCAGACCACAGGUUGUGUCACCCAUGUCACACAGACAUCACCUGACAACCAGUAAACAUUAGGAGACCACAGGUUGUGCCAACCAUGCCACACAGAGAUUACCUGAAGAUCAAUGAACAGUACCAGGCCACAGGUUGUGUUACCCAUGUCACACAGAGACCAUUUUACAACCAGUGAAUAUGACCAGACAACAGGUUGUAUCACCCAUGUCCACAGAGACCAUCUGACAACCAGUGAAUAUGACCAGACAACAGGUUGUAUCACCCAUGUCCACAGAGACCAUGUGACAACCAGGGAAUAUAACUAGACCACAGGUUGUUUCACUUGUGUCCCACUCAGACCACUUGACAACCAGUAAACAUUAGGAGACAACACGUGUCAUCCAUGUCACACAGAGAUCACCUGACAUCUAGUGAUCAUUACCAGACCACAGGUAGUGUCACCCAUGUCACACAGAGACCACCUGACAACCAGUGAUCAUUACCAGACCACAGGUUAUGUCACCCAUCUCACACAGAGAGUACCUGGCAAUUACUAAACUUUACCAGAACACAGGUUAGGUCACCCAUGUCCCACAGAGACCUCCUGACAACCAGGAAACAUUACCAGACCACAGGUUGUGUCACACAAAGAUCACCUGCAAAGCCUGUGAUUAUUACUAGACUACAGGUUGUGUCACUCAUGUAGCACAGAGACCACCUGCAAACCAGUGAACAUUAACAGACCACAGAUUGUGUCACCCAUGUACUACAGAGACCACCUGACAACCAGUGAUCAUUACCAGAUCACAGGUUAUGUCACCCAUGUCACACAACACAGAGAUCACCUGACAACUAGUGACCAUUGCCAGACCACAGGUUGUGUCACCCAUGUCACACAGAGAUCACCUAACAACUAGUGACCAUUGCCAGACCACAGGUUGUGUCACCCAUGUCACACAGAGAUCACCUAACAACUAGUGACCAUUGCCAGACCACAGGUUGUGUCACCCAUGUCAUACAGAGAUCACCUAACAACUAGUGACCAUUGCCAGACCACAGGUUGUGUCACCCAUGUCACACAGAGACCACCUGACAACCAUUGAACAUUACCAGACCACAGGUUGUGUCACACAAACAUUACCUGACAACCAGUGAACAUUAGGAGACCACAGGUUGUGCCAUCCAUGCCACACAGAGAUUACCUGACAAUCAUUGAACAGUACCAGGCCUCAGGUUGUGUCACCCAUGUCACACAGAGAUCAUCUGACAACCAGUGAAUAUGACCAGACAACAGGUUGUAUCACCCAUGUCACACAGAGACCAUCUGACAACCAGAGAAUAUGACCAGAUAACAGGUUGUAUCAUCCAUGUCACACAGAGACCAUCUGACAACCAGUAAAUAUGACCAGACAACAGGCUGUAUCACCCAUGUCACACAGAGAUCAUCUGACAAGUAGUGAAUAUAACUAGACAACAGGUUGUUUCACUUGUGUCCCACACAUACCCCUUGACAACCAGUAAACAUAAACAGACCGAAGGUUGCGUCACCCAUGUCACACAGAGAUCACCUGUCAACCAGUUAACAUUAUGAGACCACAGUUUCUGUCACCCAUGUAACACAGAGAUCACCUGAUUACCAGUGAGUAAGACCAAACCACAGAUUGUGUCAUCCGUGUUGAACGGGGACCACCUGACAAUCAGUGAAUAUGACUAGACCACAGGUUGUGUUACCCAUGUCACACAGACAUCAACUGACAACCAGUGAAUAUGACCAGAUCAUACAUUGUGUCACCCAUGUUGCACAGAGACCAACGGACAACCAGUGAAUAUGAUCAGAUCACAGGUUGUGUCACUUAUGUCCUACAAAGACAACAAGUAACAUUAUCAGACCACAGGUUGUGUCAUCCAUGUCACACAGAGGCCAUCUGACAACCAGUGAAUAUAACUAGACCACAGGUUGUUUCACUUGUGUCCCACACAGACCACUUGACAACCAGUAAACAUUAGGAGAUAACAGGUUGUGUCAUCCAUGUCACACAGAGAUCACCUGACAACUAGUGAUCAUUACCAGACCACAGGUAGUGUCACCCAUGUCACACAGAGACCACCUGACAACCAGUGAUCAUUACCAGACCACAGGUUAUGUCACUCAUCUCACACAGAGAGCACCUGGCAAUCACUAAACUUUACCAGACCACAGGUUAGGUCACCCAUGUCCCACAGAGACCUCCUGACAACCAGGAAACAUUACCAGACCACAGGUUGUGUCACACAAAGAUCACCUGCAAAGCCUGUGAUUAUUACCAGACUACAGGUUGUGUCACUCAUGUAGCACAGAGACCACCUGCAAACCAGUGAACAUUAACAGACCACAGAUUGUGUCACCCAUGUACUACAGAGACCACCUGACAACCAGUGAUCAUUACCAGAUCACAGGUUAUGUCACCCAUGCCACACAGAGAUCACCUGACAACCAGUAAACACAAGGAGACCAAAGGUUGUGCCAUCCAUGCCACACAGAGAUCACCUGACAAUAAUUGAACAGUACCAGGCUACAGUUUGUGUCACCCAUGUCACACAGACAUCACCUGACAACCAGUAAACACAAGGAGACCAAAGGUUGUGCCAUCCAUGCCACACAGAGAUCACCUGACAAUAAUUGAACAGUACCAGGCUACAGUUUGUGUCACCCAUGUCACACAGACAUCACCUGACAACCAGUAAACACAAGGAGACCAAAGGUUGUGCCAUCCAUGCCACACAGAGAUCACCUGACAACCAAUGAACAUUACCAGACCACAGGUUGCGUCACCCAUGUCACACAGAGACUAUCUGACUACCAGUGAAUAUUUCCGAGAUCAGAAGGUAUCUAGUGCAUUCAGGGCAGUGUGGCGAUAGGACCCAUGUCACACAGAUACUAUCUGACAAACAGUGAACAUUACCAGACUACAGUUUGUGUCACCCAUGUCACACAGAGUCCUAUACAGAUCACCUGACAACAGUGAGCGACUAGUACCAGAAUACAUGACUGAGCAUGUCACACAAAGGACCAUAUUACUUGUGUAACACACAUACACUUGUAACCAGCUCCAAUUGCCCUGAACCAAAAUGUGUUUACAAUGAUGAGGUACCACUGGGCCGAAAGAGGGGUCACUGUGAUGUCAUAUUCUGUCACUAAAAUAUUUUACUUUA